AAAAUUUGGUAUGGACUUUGCUCAAUUUAGAAGUCAGAGUUCUUCAAAACGCCCUAAGAGAUCCGAGUUGGAUAGUUAUUUGGAUGAUGAUGUACUUCCUGAUUUGGAGAAUAAAGAGUUUGACAUCUUGGCUUGGUGGAAGAGCAAUGCAGCAGUCUAUCCUAUACUAUCAAGAAUGGCUCGAGAUGUUCUAGCUAUUCCAGUCUCCACUGUUUCAUCUGAGUCAGCAUUCAGCACUGGUGGUAGAGUUGUGGAUCAGUAUCGAAGCUCUUUGAGCCCUUCUACCGUAGAAGCCUUAGUGUGUACCCAAGAUUGGCUUCGUGAACAAUAUGAUGAAGUUGCAAAUUGCUCGAGUUCUGUAACGUUGAAUGUAGAUGACGACACCCUGGACUCCUGGAGUGGGCAAUUUGGGAGAACUGAAUGACGAUACCCUCAUCAGAUCUAGUUCAUACCUAAAGUAUCAAGUAUGAAGUAUGUUUGUGGAUGGAGUAUUUUCAUGUGGAUCAUGGUUAUUUGUUGCAAAAUUUUAUGAGAGUUGUAUGUUUUUGAACUGCAGGCUUGAAGCUGACUUCAGGGGUUUCUCUAUUACAUGGAUAUGAUGAAUAUAUUAUUGUGCAGGGAACAACGACUUCAGGCCGAUGAUUUUUUUUAUCCUU